AAGAUAAAUUUUUGAAAGAUCAAGGACGACUGAUUUGGAUUCUGUCCUGUGCUUCAGAUUCUAGAAUUCUACUCAAGUGAGACGCCCUAAAAAUCUUAAAACUCUAGCAACCCCCACCUCUGCCAUGGGGGCCGUGACUUGGCUGCUUCCAGGCAUUUUCCUGGCUUUGUUUGUCCUAUCUACUGAAGGUGGUGUGCUCAAAAGAAUCAUCCGGCACAAACGACAGAGCGGAGUGAAUGUUACCCUGCCAGAAGAGAAUCAGCCAGUGGUGUUUAACCAUGUCUACAAUAUCAAGCUGCCCGUGGGCUCCCAAUGUUCAGUGGAUCUAGAAUCACCCAGUGGUGAGAAAGACCUCUCUCCACCACCUGAGCCCAGUGAAAGCUUCCAGGAACAUACAGUAAAUGGGGAAAACCAAAUUGUCUUCACACAUCGUAUCAACAUCCCCCGCAGGGCCUGUGGCUGUGCGGCUGCUCCUGAUGUCAAGGAGCUCCUCAACAGGCUGGAGGAACUGGAAAGCCUGGUGUCGUCCCUGCGAGAGCAGUGCACCAUGGGAGCCAGCUGCUGUCCCCAGGCUGCUGAAGGCCGCCUGGACACCAGGCCCUUCUGCAGUGGCCGGGGCAACUUCAGCACUGAAGGAUGUGGUUGUAUUUGUGAACCUGGCUGGAAAGGACCCAAUUGCUCUGAGCCUGAAUGCCCAAACAACUGUCAUCUUCAAGGCCAAUGCCUCGACGGACAAUGUGUCUGUGAUGAGGGCUUCACUGGCGAGGACUGCAGUCAGCUGGCUUGUCCCAGUGACUGCAAUGACCAAGGUCGGUGUGUGAACGGGGUCUGCAUCUGCUUUGAAGGCUACACUGGCACUGACUGCAGCCAGGAGAUCUGCCCAGUGCCCUGCAGCAAGGAGCACGGCACAUGCGUGGAUGGCCGGUGUGUAUGCCAGGAUGGCUUUGCUGGUGAAGACUGCAAUGAGCCCCUGUGCCUCAACAACUGCUACAACCGAGGGCGGUGUGUGGAGAAUGAGUGCGUGUGUGAUGAGGGCUUUACAGGUGAAGACUGUAGUGAGCUCAUCUGCCCCAAUGACUGCUUUGACCGGGGCCGCUGUGUCAACGGCACCUGCUACUGUGAAGAAGGCUUCACUGGCGAAGACUGUGGCAAACUCACCUGUCCAAAUGACUGCCAUAACCAGGGCCGCUGUGAGGAAGGGCAGUGUGUAUGCGAUGAUGGUUUUGCAGGUGCAGACUGCAGUGAGAAGAGAUGCCCUGCUGAUUGUCACAACCAUGGCCGCUGCCUCAAUGGGCGAUGUGAGUGUGAUGAUGGGUUCACAGGUGCAGACUGUGGUGAACUCAAAUGUCCUAAUGGCUGCAGUGGCCGUGGCCGCUGCGUCAACGGGCAGUGUGUGUGUGAUGAAGGCUACACCGGGGAGGACUGCAGCCAGCAACGGUGCCCCAGUGAUUGUCACAACCGGGGCCGCUGUGUGCAAGGCAAAUGCAUAUGUGAGCUGGGCUUCAGAGGCUAUGAUUGCAGUGACAUGAGCUGCCCCAAUGACUGUCACCAGCAUGGGCGCUGUGUAAAUGGCAUGUGCGUCUGUGACGAUGACUACACUGGAGAAGACUGCCGUGAUCGCCGCUGCCCCAGGGACUGCAGCCACCGAGGUCGCUGUGUGGAGGGGCAGUGUGUGUGUGAAGAUGGCUUCACUGGCCCCGACUGUGCAGAACUCUCCUGCCUGAAUGACUGCCAUGGCCAGGGACGCUGUGUGAAUGGGCAAUGCGUGUGCUACGAAGGUUUCAUGGGCAAAGACUGCAAGGAACGAAGGUGUCCCAAUGACUGUCAUGGUCAGGGCCAAUGUGAGGAUGGCCAGUGCAUCUGCCAUGAGGGCUUCACAGGUGUGGAUUGUGGGCAGCGUUCCUGCCCCAGUGACUGCAGCAACUUGGGCCAGUGUGUCUCUGGCAGGUGCAUCUGCAAUGAGGGCUACACCGGAGAAGAUUGCUCGGAGGUAUCCCCUCCUAAAGACCUGAUCGUCACAGAAGUGACGGAAGAAACUGUCAACCUGGCCUGGGACAAUGAGAUGCGAGUCACAGAGUACCUCAUCAUGUACACACCCACACAAGCAGAUGGCUUGGAAAUGCAGUUCCGUGUGCCCGGGGACCAGACGUCCACCACCAUCCAGGAGUUGGAGCCCGGGGUGGAGUACUUCAUCCGCGUCUUUGCCAUUCUGGAGAACAAGAGGAGCGUUCCCGUCAGUGCCAGGGUGGCCACCUACUUGCCUGCUCCUGAAGGCCUAAGAUUCAAGUCUGUCAAGGAAACAUCUGUGGAAGUGGAAUGGGACCCUCUAGACAUUGCUUUUGAAACAUGGGAAAUUAUCUUCCGGAACAUGAAUAAAGAAGAUGAGGAAGAAAUCACCAAAAGCCUUAGGAGACCAGAGACCUCUUACCGGCAAACAGGUUUAGCUCCUGGGCAAGACUACGAGAUUUCUCUGCACAUCGUGAAAAACAAUACCCGGGGCCCUGGCCUGAAGAGGGUAACCACCACCCGCUUGGAUGCACCCAGUCAGAUUGAGGUGAAAGAUGUCACAGACACCACAGCUCUGGUUACAUGGUUCAAGCCUCUGGCUGAGAUCGACAACAUUGAACUCUCCUAUGGCGUCAAAGACGUGCCAGGCGACCAGACCGUUAUCGAGCUCACACACGAUGAGAACCAGUACUCCAUCGGGAAUCUGAAGCCUGACACCGAAUACGAAGUGUCUCUCAUCUCUCGCAGGGGCGACAUGUCUAGCAACCCGGCCAAAGAGACCUUCACAACAGGCCUGGAUGCUCCCAGGAAUCUCCGACGUGUCUCCCAGACUGACAACAGUAUCACCCUGGAAUGGAGGAAUGUCAAGGCAGCCAUCGACAGCUACAGAAUUAAGUAUGCACCCAUCUCGGGAGGUGACCAUGCUGAGGCUGAUGUCUCAAAGAGUCAAGGAGCCACAACCAAAACCACCCUCACAGGUCUGAGGCCAGGCACAGAAUAUGGGAUUGGAGUCUCAGCCGUGAAGGAAGACAAGGAGAGCGAUCCAGCGACCAUCAAUGCAGCCACAGACUUGGAUGCCCCUAAGGAUCUUCGCGUUACUGAUACCGCAGACAACAGCCUGACCCUGUUCUGGAGGACACCAAUGGCCAAGUUCGACCGUUAUCGCCUCAACUACAGCUCCCCUACAGGUCAAUCAGCAGAAGUGCAGCUCCCAAGGGACACCACUUCCUACCCCUUGACAGGGCUGCAACCAGGACAGGAAUACACCAUCCUCCUGACAGCUGAAAAAGGCAGACACAGGAGCAAGCCUGCACGGGUGAAGGCAUCUACCGAACAAGCCCCUGAACUGGAAAGUCUCACCGUGACCGAGGUUGGCUGGGACGGCCUCUCACUCAACUGGACCACAGCUGAUCAGGCCUAUCAGCACUUUGUCAUUCAGGUGCAGGAGGCCAACAAGGUGGAGGCAACCCAGAACCUCACCGUGCCGGGCAGCCUCCGGGCUGUGAACAUCCCGGGCCUCAAGGCUGCCACCCCUUACAGAGUGUCCAUCUAUGGGGUGAUCCAGGGCUAUAGAACACCCGUGCUUUCGGCUGAGGCCUCCACAGGAGAAACUCCCGACUUGGGAGAUGUCACGGUGGCCGAGGUGGGCUGGGAUGCCCUCAAACUCAAUUGGACCGCUCCAGAAGGAGCCUAUGAGCAAUUUUUCAUUCAGGUGCAUCAGGUUGGCACAAUAGAGGCAGUCCAGAACUUCACGGUGCCAGGAGGAUUGAGGUCCAUGGCCCUGCCAGGGCUCACAGCAGCCACUCUUUAUAAGAUCACUAUUCGUGGGGUCACUCAGGACUUCAGCACCACCCCUCUCUCUAUUGAAGUCUUGACAGAACAGAGUCCAGAGCUGGGAAAUCUCACAGUGACCGAGGUUAGCUGGAAUGCUCUCAGAUUGGACUGGACCACACCAGAUGGGACCUAUGACCAGUUUGUCAUUCAGGUCCAGGAGGUUGACCAGGUGGAGGAGGCUCGCAAUCUCACAGUUCCUGGCAGCCUGUACUUUGUGGAAAUCCCAGGCCUGAGAGCCAGCACGCCUUACAAAAUCACCCUGUAUGGAGAGGUCAGAGGUCGCAGCACUCGACCCCUCGCUGUGGAGGUCAUCACAGAGGAGCUCCCCAAGCUGGGAGACUUAACCUUGACUGAGAAUGGCUGGGACGGCCUCUCACUCAACUGGACCACAGCUGAUCAGGCCUAUCAGCACUUUGUCAUUCAGGUGCAGGAGGCCAACAAGGUGGAGGCAACCCAGAACCUCACCGUGCCGGGCAGCCUCCGGGCUGUGAACAUCCCGGGCCUCAAGGCUGCCACCCCUUACAGAGUGUCCAUCUAUGGGGUGAUCCAGGGCUAUAGAACACCCGUGCUUUCGGCUGAGGCCUCCACAGCCGAAGAACCUGAAAUUAGAAACUUAACUGUUUCUGACAUAACUCCUGAGAGCUUCAAUCUCUCCUGGACAGCCACUGAUGGAAUCUUCGAGAUCUUUACUAUUGAAAUUAUUAAUUCCAAUAGGUUGCUGGAGACGAUGGAAUACAAUAUUUCUGGUGCUGAGCGAACUGCCCACAUCUCAGGGCUAACCCCUAGUUCUGAUUUUAUUAUCUACCUCUCUGGACUUGCUCCCAGCAUCCGAACCAAAACCAUCAGUGCCACAGCCACCACAGAGGCCUUGCCCCUUCUGGAAAACCUAACCAUUUCCGACAUUAACCCCUACGGGUUCACAGUUUCCUGGAUGGCAUCGGAGAAUGCCUUUGACAGCUUUCUAGUUACCGUGGUGGAUUCUGGGAAGCUGCUGGACCCCCAGGAAUUCACCCUUUCAGGAACCCAGAGGAAGCUGGAGCUCAGAGGCCUCAUAACUGGCAUCGGCUAUGAGGUUGUGCUCUCUGGCUUUACUCAAGGGCAUCAAACCAGGCCCUUGUUGGCUGAGGUGGUCACAGAAGCCGAACCGGAAGUGGAUAACCUUCUGGUUUCCGAUGCCACUCCAGAUGGUUUCCGUCUGUCCUGGACAGCUGAUGAAGGGAUGUUUGACAGUUUUGUUCUCAAAAUCAGAGACACCAAAAAGCAGUCUGAGCCAUUGGAAAUAAUCUUGCCUGCCCUAGAACGUACCAGGGACAUUACUGGUCUCAGAGAGGCCACUGAAUACGAAAUCGAACUCUAUGGAAUAAGCAAUGGAAGGCGAUCCCAACCAGUCAGUGCCAUAGCAACAACAGCCAUGGGCUCUCCAAAAGAAAUCAUUUUUUCAGACAUCACUGAAAAUGCAGCCACUGUCAGCUGGCUGCCACCCACUGCCCAGGUAGAGAGCUUCCGGAUCACCUACGUCCCCAUUACAGGAGGUCCACCGUCCACAGUAACUGUGGAUGGAAGCAAGACUCAGGCCAGGCUGCAGAAACUCAUCCCUGGCAUGGAAUACAUUGUCAACAUCAUUGCCACCAAGGGCUUUGAGGAAAGUGAGCCUCUCUCAGGGUCACUCAUCACAGCUCUAGAUGGUCCAUCUGGCCUGGUGACAGCCAACGUCACUGAUUCGGAAGCCUUGGCCAUAUGGCAGCCAGCCAUUGCCACUGUAGACAGUUACGUCAUCUCCUACAGGGGAGAGAGAGGGCCGGAAAUUAUACACACGGUAUCCGGGAACACGGUGGAGUAUGCGCUGACGGGCCUCAAACCUGCCACAGAGUACACACUGAGGGUCUUCGCCGAGAAAGGCCCCCGGAAGAGCUCCCCCAUCACCACCAAGUUCACCACAGACCUUGAUUCUCCAAGAGACUUGGCUGCCACUGAGAUUCAGUCAGAAACUGCCCUCCUCACCUGGCGACCUCCUCGGGCAUCAGUCACUGGGUAUCUCUUGGUCUAUGAGUCUGUGGACGGAAAGGUGAAGGAAGUCAUUUUGGGUCCAGAUACCACCUCCUACAGCCUGGCUGACCUGAGCCCAUCCACUCACUACACAGCCAAGGUUCAGGCAUUGAAUGGGCCUCUGAGGAGCAACUUGAUCCAGACCAUCUUCACCACAAUUGGACUCCUGUAUCCAUUCCCCAAGGACUGCUCCCAGGCCAUGCUGAAUGGAGACACAACAUCUGGCCUCUAUACCAUUUACCUGAAUGGUGACAAGGCCCAGGCACUGGAAGUCUUCUGUGACAUGACCUCGGAUGGGGGUGGAUGGAUCGUGUUCCUGAGACGUAAAAAUGGCCGUGAGGACUUCUACCGGAACUGGAAGGCCUAUGCUGCUGGGUUUGGAGACCGCAGAGAAGAAUUCUGGCUUGGGCUGGACAACCUCAGCAAAAUCACAGCCCAAGGACAUUAUGAGCUCCGGGUGGACCUGCAAGACCAUGGGGAGACAGCCUUUGCCGUCUAUGACACAUUCAGUGUGGGAGAUGCUAAGACUCGCUACCGGCUGAAGGUGGAGGGUUACAGCGGGACAGCAGGUGACUCCAUGGCAUACCACAAUGGCAGGUCCUUCUCCACUUACGACAAGGACACAGACUCGGCCAUCACCAACUGUGCCCUGUCCUACAAAGGGGCUUUCUGGUAUAAGAACUGUCACCGUGUCAACCUGAUGGGCACAUAUGGAGACAAUAACCACAGUCAGGGUGUUAACUGGUUCCAUUGGAAAGGCCACGAAUACUCCAUCCAGUUUGCUGAGAUGAAGCUAAGACCCAGCAACUUCAGAAAUCUGGAAGGAAGGCGCAAACGGGCAUGAAUUCCAGGGACGACUGUGUGAGGAGUAGAGCCCAGAGAAUGGAAAGAAGUUUACCAAAGCAUCAGUACCACCAGUCCAACCAGCAAGUCACAGCUGGGCCUUUGGCAAGGGUCUGAGCUGCCAAUAGAAUGCCGAUGCACUGGUCUGAGCCACUCCGCGAUCCCUUCCUCGGCACCAAAGACCGCAGUCUCCAGUAGCUUUCUGUUUUGUUGUUGGAUUCAGCAAUCCCUCCAGUGGACAACACGAUGGUUUUUCCUUCUCUCGGGUGGCUCUGGGAAUGGGAAAGGGGUGGGUUGUACAGUGGUAGUUUGUUUUAGAACCAGUUGUAUUUUCCACAAAGCUGUAUAGUUAAUUAUCAUUAUUUUUAUUAGCAAACAUUACAUGUGUGUCAUUGGAAGCUGUCGUCCCUCCUGAUGCCCUUCUUUUUUUACAUUUCAUACAACAGAAACCAGAAAAGCAAUACUGUUUUGAUUCCAAGGAUAUAAUUGAUAUUGUUCAUAUAAUAAUGAUACAGAAUAAGGGUUUUUAAAUCUUCCUCUCCAAACCACAUCCGGACAGUACCUGAUUGUAUUUUUUUUAAAAUAAAAGCACAAGUACUUUU